AGCUUGCCUCGGCAGCGCCUAUCGAUGAGACAUGGGCUAAAUUAACUGUCAAUAUCCGCGAGAUCCAGCACCAUCGAGCCUUCACGCUUUCCUUUGAGGAGAACUACCGCCUUGCGUACCAAAUGGUCGUCAACAAACAAGGGGAAAUGCUCUAUAAUGGUGUCCUAUCUCUCAUCACAGAGAAUCUUGGUUCACUGGCAGAGCAAUUCAUCUAUCCCGCGUAUCCGACUGCUGUGGAUGGCGAUCCUGUUACGGAGAGUCAAGAGAACGAGAGGUUAUUGAAGGCGUUGACAAAGGUGUGGGAGGACCAUACAAGUAGCACGCAGAAGCUCAGCCAUAUCUUGAAGUACAUGGAUCGAGUGCACACAAAGGCUGCCAACGUACCGGAAGUCAUCCCUGCGGGGCAAAAUCUCUUCUUGAAACACAUAAUACGACCACCAAUAAAGGAUCACAUCAUCUCUGCCAUCUUGGGCCUUCUUCGCAUCGAGCGUGACGGGUAUGUCAUCAACCGUUCCGCUGCGACGGGCUGUGUCGACGUCCUACUGCAGCUGAGCAACAAGAACGACACAUUGUCCGUGUACAAGGAAGACUUGGAACCCGUUAUAUUGAAGGAGACAGAGGGUUAUUACAGGGCCGAAGGUGACCGGUUGUUGGAGACGUGUGAUGCGUCAGAAUGCUUGCGACGAAUAGACUCUCGAUUCUCCGAGGAGCAGUCGAGAGCACAUCAAUAUCUAUCUGUAACCACAGCCGAACCUAUUCGCCAUAUUCUUCAAGAUACAUUACUCACGCCACAUCUACACCACAUCAUCGGCAUGUCAGGGUCUGGCUUGGACGUCAUGAUUGACAACGAGAAGACGGACGAUCUUUCACGGCUAUAUCGACUCUUUGUCACCGUUCCUGAGGGUCUUCCCUGUCUUCGGCGAGCCAUCAAAGAAUCGGUCAUUCGCCGAGGGAAGGAGUUCAACAACGACACUCCGAUGGAUCAAAUGGAUGAUGUAGACGGCGGAGAGGAGCAAGCUGCACCCGCAGGCAAGGGAAAAGGGAAGGCACGAGCUACCACUGGUGCCCAGAGUCUUGCGCUUGCUUUGAAGUGGGUAGAAGACGUCCUGCGACUGAAGGAUAAAUUUGAUGCGGUCUGGAAGGACUGCUUCAAGGUCGACCGUGAGAUUGAGAGUGGCCUAAACGAGUCCUUCGAGUCGUUCAUCAAUCUGCAACCACGAGCACCCGAAUUCGUCUCGCUCUUCAUCGACGAGAACCUCAAGAAGGGACUCAAAGGGAAAACAGAUAUCGAGGUGGAAAGCAUCCUCGAUAAGACGAUCACCGUUUUCCGGUACAUCACGGAGAAAGACGUCUUCGAGCGAUACUACAAGGGUCACCUCGCCAAACGUCUCCUUCUCGGUCGUUCAGUAUCCGAUGACGCGGAACGUGGCAUGCUCGCGAAACUGAAGGUCGAGUGUGGGUUCCAGUUCACUCAAAAGCUGGAGGGCAUGUUCCACGAUAUGAAGAUCUCGGCCGACACGAUGCAAGCAUACCGUAAUCACCUAGCCAAGUCUGCCUCGCCUCCGGACGUCGACAUUUCCGUGACAGUCAUGACAUCGACUUUCUGGCCCAUGGCGUAUGCGAGUGUUCCAUGUGUUCUACCGUCCGAGCUAGUUAGCACAAGCAGAGCAUUCGAACAGUACUACCUCUCGCGACAUUCAGGUCGGCGGUUGACAUGGCAGCCUUCGAUGGGGAACGCGGAUGUCAAAGUUACGUUCAAGUCAAAGAGGCACGACUUGAACGUAUCCACGUUCGCUCUCGUCAUCUUGUUGCUUUUCCAAAAUUUGGGAGAGGGAGAGUUCCUAACAUACCAGGAGAUUAAAGACUCGACACUCAUUCCUGAUACAGAGCUCCAGCGAAACCUCCAAUCACUCGCAUGCGCUAAAUUCAAGAUCCUCAAAAAGCAUCCACCAGGACGAGACGUCAAUCCCGAAGACUCGUUCUCCUUCAAUAAUGACUUCACAUCGCCGUUGCAGAAGAUCAAAAUCAGCACUGUGGCAUCAAAGGUCGAGAGCGGCGAAGAGCGGAAAGAGACACAGGAUAGAGUGGAGGAGGAACGGAGGCAUCAGACUGAGGCAUGCAUCGUGCGGAUCAUGAAGGACCGAAAACAUAUGACGCAUAACGACCUAGUGAACGAAGUUACGAGACAGCUCGCCAUGCGAUUCCAACCCAACCCUCUGAACAUCAAGAAACGCAUCGAGGGUCUUAUCGAGAGAGAAUACCUGGAGCGAUGUGCAGAUCGCAAGUCUUACAACUACAUGGUGGGCAGUCCUUUCUCACCCCCACCUUGA